UCUACCCUUCUGGAUCGGUCAGAUCUUUAGAUUACAGACGUUCUCAAUAUCUGCUCUAGGCCUCGAACACAGAAGAAAACAAGAUGUCCUCUGCCUUCGAUGCUAGGUUUCCCAAUACGAAAGCCUUGGUGAAUAUCACGACCACCGAAGCCCCCGUCCCAUCCUUGCCAAAAGCAGAAAUCCCUGAUAUUCUGGAAAUUUCAGCGUCGUUGAAGAGAGCAACACUUCAGGAACACCCUGACUACAAUCUGGUAGCAACAGAUGCCGAUGUAGCCAACCUUGUUGAGUCGCUAGAGAAUGUGCCGGCUGACUCACCACCUUCAUUGUUCGUUGAUUUGGAGGGAGUGAACCUUUCUCGACAUGGAAGUGUCUCACUCCUUCAAAUCUUUGCUCUUCCGCAGAAAAAAACUCACUUGAUCGAUAUCCACACGCUCAAGGGAAAAGCCUUUACCAAAUCGUCAGUCACUGGGACAACCCUGAAGGACAUCCUAGAGUCUCCUUCAAUCACCAAGGUUUUCUUUGAUGUGCGCAAUGACUCCGACGCCCUGUAUAGCCACUUUGGCAUAAAGCUUGCGGGUGUACAAGAUCUCCAGUUGAUGGAGCUUGCCACGCGAACCUUCUCGAGGAGGUGUGUUAAUGGAUUAGCAAGAUGUAUCGAAAAUGACUGUCCGAUGACUGCCGCGGAAAGGCGGAGCUGGAAGACGACAAAACAAAAAGGACUUGAUUUAUUCGCUCCGGAACGUGGAGGUACUUAUGAGGUUUUCAAUUUACGCCCACUGGCCGAUGAGAUUAUACAAUACUGCAUUGAGGACGUCAGGCUUCUACCGAGGCUGUGGGAAAAGUACGAUCGAAAGAUAACUCUACGUUGGAGAGCAAAAAUCAAACUGGAAGCAGAAAAUCGAGUUCGUGAGUCACAAUCUAGUACAUUCAAUGGCAAGGGCAAGCAUAUGGCAUUAGCACCCAGCGGCUGGUCUUGAAGUUUGGGUUGUGGAUGUGAGCAAGCUUAGGGGUUUUCAGCUCGCUCAGUUAUUCGAUCGGCUGCGAGAUUUAUUCUGAGUACAACAGAAGGAGUCAAUCAUCUAGGUUUAAU